AUGGCUUCGAUUGGUAUUUCCAUCCCUUGCUUCUGGCCUGGUUGCCAACACCGAUCAACAGGUCUAGGGAACCUUGCUUCUCAUCUUGAGUGGAAGCAUGGUGUAACUGACGGUUUCGGCUGCCCUCAUUGCGGUUUCAAGCAUCCAGAACAGGAAAAUGCCCGCUCUCACAUCCAAUUGCAGCAUGGAAAGCAAGAAAACCCACCCCAAGCUUCCCUUGCAUUGGCGCGGUACUAUCGAAAGCGAUACCAAGAUACCGAUCCAGUUGCCCAUAACAUCCCGGCCGCUGCGUUCUGGAAUAGGGGAGUUAAAUCCAACUCUGUCGAGGGCGCUUGUCCCGAAUGUGAUGAUGCCAUCGAGCCUUAUACUAAGGACAGCAUCAUACAACAUCUUCGUCACCAGCACCGCAUUAUCGUCGACCUAGACUCUACGCAAUUAAAGAGUCGCUACAAAAGAGUUGGAGUUGAUCGACUUCCGAAAGACAUAUAUCAACCGCCGCCGAUUACCGAGGAGUCUGAAUCAUCUGACGUCGACGAGCAAGAAGGGUUCACUUGUGACGAUGAAGAUGAAGAGGAGGACGAGGACGAGGACGAGGACGAGGACGACAACAUAAUGGAGAUGAACGAUCCGGUGCCAUCCUACACGUCUCCGUGUGAGACCCAUUCGGAAUAUCUACUCGAGGCUUUCAUAGGCUGCAUUCAGGAGGAGUCAAUUGAAGGCUUCAAGAAGGCCUUGGAGAUGCACGAGACGAGAGAAUUCGGGGGCAGAAAAUACCGCGUCAACAAAAACCUAGCGUCUGAUAUGAAGCUCGACUCAAAGGAGAUCGUCUGCGCCGCACUUACCCCUGGUGGUUGGCGUUGUGAGGUUCCCCAGUGUGGCGCUACAUUGGAUGAGAUAUUCGCGAUUGACAUACACCUUGAGGCGCACGGUGCAUUGGUGCUUAAGAACUGGUAUUGUGGCGAAUCAAGCUGCUACACUGAUCACGAGAGGGUCUUUCAUACCCUGCAGGAAUUUGAAUCCCACAUUGCUACCGAGCAUAUGGGAUCAAACUAUAGCCUUCUCGCUCAACGCCGAGUCCCAAAGCAUGAAGUUUUGGUAAACAGCCUCCAGACCCGAUUAAAGUUUAUUCGCAAACUUGUCAACAGUUCAGACCAUCCGAAUAUGCGCAUAGAAGCUUCGACUUCUUCAGUCACAAACCCCGAUAUACUUGAAGAAUCAGGAUCAGAGCCAGUAUAUGAUGACUCGAGCGAUCAUGUAGUGCUGGAAGAGCGCGAAUGGAUUCGAUUCCGUCGCUUCCUUACUUCAGGAGGAAGGUCUGGCCCACGCCAAGACCUUAUGCCGGCCCAAGAUGAUGAAUUCCGCCGGCAUUGUCAUGGGAGCUAUGCAGAUGAAGGAAAAAGACGCCCGGGAAUUCAUCAUGACUUAUUGCCAAUUCUGCAGUAUUCUUGGUACGAAUGA